UGUAGCUUCCGGUUGAACGGGAACCACUCUCUGCACAUGCGCGCUACCGAUGAAAUUCCAAUAUGGCGAAAAUGCGUCCGUUGCAACCAAUAUAAAAAUGAAACACAUUCUUCAUUUGACACCAAAUAGAAGAAAGAGCAUAUUGUAAAAACAAAGAAUUGAUUGACCAAAUGGCGCUGGCUCAAGAAACGAGGCUUCAACAAAAUUUGAAGAUGGAGCCGGGUAUAGAGCGUCCCCAGAGCGCCCUCUCCCGAGGCGUCCAGAUCACAGAGUUUAAGGACUCUCGUAUCAAUCCAGAACCCAUUGUGAUUGAAGAGACAGAUUUAUUGUUGGAACAGUUCCUCUCUCCAAGAAAACUGAUGUUACUCACAGGUGUUGAUAAUCUGGAUGACAUAAGGCACCUGGAAAUGAAAGUGAACACUUCUUCCACUAGCUUGGGAAACUUUGGUCAGUUGUUGCAAAAUCUUCAACAGCUUAAAGUUUCCAAUAGCAACAUACCAAGAAUAAGAGACUUAGGUUCAUCGCUGCGUAGCUUAAAUGUACUUUGGGCAUCCAGAUGUGGAUUAUUAGAAAUGGACGGAAUCUCAUCAAUGUGUAAUUUACGAGAACUCUACCUUUCAUACAAUGAAAUCAAUGACAUCAGUCCUGUCAGCAUGCUGGAAAAUAUUGAAAUAUUGGAUGUAGAAGGGAACAACCUUGAUGACAUCAUCCAAGUUCAGUACUUGUCUAUCUGUAGUAAGCUCACCAACCUGACCUUGGAUGGUAACCCCCUGUGCAAUCAGCCAACUCCUGGAGAGGAACUUGAGGACUAUGACUAUCGUCAGGCGGUUAAGAAAGCCAUUCCCCAUCUGCAGACUCUGGAUGAUGAGGUGCUCAUAGAAGGUGUUGGCUCGUUUCUCAAGCACAAUGUGUUCGAUGCUGACUGGGCAUAUCUGGAGGAGCUGCAGAAAGACAUGGACUUGCAAGACAAGGAAGACAGCGAGAGCAUUCCCUCAGAUUCUAGUCGACCGGCCAGUGGUCAAAGACCCAGUACAGCUGCACUAAAACCAAAUGUCGGGUACCGGCCAGGUUCGGCCCUACGGCCCUCCUCAGGGUUCAGGCCCCUAACUGCUGGACGGAGACCGGCCUCUACUGGGAACCGCCCAGCAACAGCCCUGGGUGUGAGACCCAGUUCAGGGUCUGGAAGACCUGGCUCUAGCAAUAAAGCUAAAAAUCCAGAGACUGGGGAUGGUAGUGACCUCACAUUGGGCCGGGUUAUCUGUGGGAACCCAUCCAAGGCCCUGUUGUCAAGGAGACGACUGAACCCAGAUGCAUCAGGGGAACUUGGCAACGACCAGCCAGAAAUCAAGUUUGAACCCAAAUUUCAGCACAAAGUGGAGCACACAUAUGACACAUUGCCUGAAGAAGAGAGGGACAGGUCAGAAAUUGUACAGGAACUUAAGGCAUGGAAACAGCAUCAUGAACAGCGAAUGGAAAAGAUUCGUGACAGUAAAGCUCCACAGGUUCUGCGUAUCAACCACGACGCUGCAGACGAUGCUGUCAGUCUCUCUGGGGACUCAGAGGUGGAGUCUGACGAGGAGAUCACAACACUUCGUGACAGCGACAAUGAACACAUCAGCCGUGUGCAAUCUGAAAACCUGACGCAGGAGGGGGAUGACCAAAAUUGUAAAUUAUUGCCUUCAGUAUCAAGUUUUGUACCAGUUUUCCCCGAACAACCAGUUGACAUCUUGGACAUAACAAGUUCUAAAAUAAUAACAGACUCUACAAAACGAAAACCGUCAUGUGAUGAUGGAAGUGACUCUCUUUUAAAAGCAAGUUUAGAUAACUCGUUAAAAAUAUCCAACAUUACACAACGACAAAGAGCAGUGAUUCCCCCUCCCAGCCAGAGAGACAUUGUCCGGAGACAUAUAGACACUAGCAGUCAGGCAUUGGCUCAGGCCCCAUUGGGCAGUUUAUUGAGGUCAGCGCCUGUUCCAAUUCGUACCGAGUCACGAGGAAGUAAUGGAAUACGAGUCAACUCGACUGGUCUGCCUCCCCCACCCACAUCUGUGGUCCCUGUGAUCAGUCGAUUGAAAAGGGAUGAUCAAACCAGUCCAUUGAUUCGUAGCAGUUCCAAUGACCGCCCAGUACCGCCGUUCCAGCGUCCUUCCACCGCUAGAGCUACCCUGGGUGUGCGCCGAUCCCUUCCUGUUGUCCCCUCUUUACCAUCAAAGCCUCCUGUGCCACCAAAGUCAUGAGCCCAAUGAUACUAGAGGGCUGAAUGGGAAGCAACAGGAUCUUGGUGGUAUUGCGUCUCGGCUUUUAUCAGCUUCUCUUCUUGGCUAAAAUAUCCUAAUUGUAGGAAAAUUAAGUGAAAACUCUCAGCAAUUUUUUAAGUAGACCAAAAGGAUGCAUCUCAAACUGAGAAAUAUUAAGAAAAAAACAACACAGUAUAGUCUGUGGAAAUAAACCCAAAGGAUUGUACUACAUGUAUCCCAUGUUUGUCAAUCUGACAAAUGGGAAGUUAAAGCUGUCAGUUUUGCUAAGAGGUGGUACUAGCUUAAGCAUGUCAAACGGAAUGACCGAUCUUACAGACUGUGUGAUUUAAUGUCCACACUAUGUGAAUUAUGAUUGGGAGUUUUCACACUAUGAACAAGAGAGAACAUGACUUGCCUCAAGUGUUUGUAGGUGUUUAAGCUAGCUUUCUGUAACAAUUUUUUAACAAAAAACAGGUUCACGUUUUGGUGCAUUGUAAGUACCUGGCAUUUGAAGUUCAUGGAUUGGUUGAAUGAUGAACUGCAUAUGGGCGAAACCUCCCCCCCCACCCCCCCUAAAUCACACAUGACAAUUUGUUUUAUAUCGUCGCUGUCGUUCUCAAACCUCGUAGCUCCAAAAUUUUCAAAAUAGUUUUUUCUUCUUUUCCGAAUAUAUUAAGUCUGGCGCCUGUUUUGUGCUAUAUCUCGUAGCUCUACGCCAAUCAGAGCCCUUGAAAAAGCCACGUGACGAAAUGUUAUAGAAUAAUUGUUGGCUUUUUUCCCGGCGAACAGUCUUAGCGACUCCAUUUCACCUAUAGGUACGUCGUUUCUUUUGGACAAAUUUGACAAAAACGUUUUUAUUAAAAAAAAAUUUGCAACUACGAGGUUUCCUAUCAGGACGAAUUGUCCUAGCUCAUAAAAAUGACAAAACUGUGGUGACAAAAUAUCGUAGCUACCAUGUCUGACUGUCAGUAUGACUUAUCAGUAUGACUUACGCGUCUACGGCUUAUACCGUAUUUUGCAGCUUCAUUUGUUUGGUAUUUUUACAGAAUUUCAAUUUCUUAAACAUCGUUAUAAAAAAAUGAGACGUUUUUUUCUCUCUCCUGAAAAGUUGGCAUUUUGUAGCUACGAGGUUUGAGAACGACAGCGACGAUAUGAAGUUUUUGUAAUACAUUAUUAUCUUUCUACAUGCUAAUUCCUACUUUUAUUGUAUCUGUGUCUUAAAUGUAAUGAUAUUUGACUGUGACAUGUUUGUGUGAAUAUUCAACUGUGUGGUAUUGCUGUACGUUUUAUGUUGUCUGUAACUUCAGUGCUACUUGAUUGACAAUACAAUGAGUUAAUUUGAUGUUAUUAAAAAAAAAACAUUCUUAAGUUAUCAUACUGUAAAUCUUUGGUGUAUAAUAAAUAUAAAUGAAAUAGUUGUAAUAUAUCAGUUAUCUACAUUUUGACUAAAAAUAUCUGUUAUUGCAUUAUUCCUGUAUUUACUGUUUUUUAAAUUUAUGAGUAAACCUGCAAGUCGAAAUUUUACAUACCAUUACUAUCAUUUUCUGAAACAACACUGAUUAAUGUUUUCUUUUGUAAUCAUCUAAAGGUAUAAUUCACUAUACAGUUAAAUUAAAGCUUCAAUUGUUGUUUUCCAGCUUAUUGCUUAAUAGAAAUUUGCUACGGAAAGGCGCAAAACGAUCUAAAUUUUUGUUGGUAAGAUGCAAGGAAAUUGACGAGAUAAUAAUGAUUAACAUGUAAACAAUUCUGAGUUCAUCCUCUGAUGGCACACCAGUCAGGAGCAUAUAAAAUAUAUUUUUUUUAUUAAUGAACAUUCUAAGAAUACUGGAUUGAUCAUACUCGAGUAAAACAUUUUGCAGCUUAGAUCUACAUUGUCUCUAAAGAUAGAAUAUGUAUUAAAUACAAAUGAUGACAGAUGUGUCUAUUUUAGGGAAGGAUCAUGAGCGAAAUAGCAUGGUGCAGUGUCUACUUUUUGAUUCCCCUCUCCUGCCCCUCUGUACUGACGAACAUGGUAUUGAAAUGUUUUGACAUUUAAGUAAUUUUUAGCUGAUAUUUAAUGCCAAGGAAAAUACUAUCGUCAAAAGAAAGCCUAAAUUAAAACCGCUUUACUUAGAAAUUCUUUGAAUUUAGCCUAUUAUAAUAAAAUGACACCACAUUGUUAUAGCUCCCCCCCCCCAGUCUUUUUUGCAGCACUGUGUACUUUAUGUGAUCCUAUUUCUUUCUGUCUGUUGGUAUUUAUGCUUGGUAUGACUUGCAUUCUUUUUAUGUCCCACACCACUAUAGUGGGGGACAUAUUGUUUUUGCCCUGUCUGUUGGUUGGUUGGUCUGUUGGUUUACGCCAACUUUAACAUUUUGCAAUAACUUUUGCUGUAUUGAAGAUAGCUACUUCAUAUUUGGCAUGCAUGUGUAUCUCAUGGAGCUGCACAUUUUGAGUGGUGAAAGGUCAAGGUCAUCCUUCAAGGUCAAAGGUCAAAAAUACUAAGUCAAAGUGGCGCAGAAGGGGACAACGUGUUUCUGACAAACACAUUUCUUGUUAUUUGUUUGUGUAUGUUUUACAUAAAUGGAUGUGUUCAUUCCAAGUCUUUAAUCAUGAAAAAGAAGAAAAUUGUUACUUGUACUUUGUAUUCACAUUCAUUUUUAUUAAAAGUUAAGUGUCAGAUUUAUUUAAUAAAUAAAGUAGCCCUGCCAUAUAGAUUUGUGAUUUAAUACUAGUGGCGUAUGAUCAGAUGCAAACUUAGAUGUGGUUUUGUUCACAGUAUUAUUGCAUUUGUAGUUUGUAGUUUCACCAUUUUCUUGUGAAGACUCAAAAUCAUUAUUUUUAUCACUGUUAAGGGCUAUUGUUAAGUUUGAUAUAGAUUUUAUUGUCAUUUGUAUUCUGUGUUGCAUUAAACACAAUAAAUACAAGACUGAAUUCUGAUUUUUUGUCUUAGAUAAACAUUUAUUAGUGCAAGAGUAUAGUUUUAAUUGUGAGCAAUAUUUCUUCAAUAACCUUUGUAUGCAGCAGCAGUGUGCAUUAAAAAAAAACACACUUGUUUGGAAAUUCUGCUUUUAACAAUCUUUGAAUAGUAAAAGCCACACGUGUAAGAGCUAAUUUACUCUAUUAAUAAUCAUUCAUGUUGUGAUACAAGAUGAAAAAAUUGAACUCACCAACUUCUGAUAUACAAAAUUAAAUUUAGACCCAAUACCUAUUUAUGGGUGGUGUGAAGUAGAUAGCCUUUAGUUUUAAAAAACUCACCUGUAAUAUUGCAUGCUUGUGAAGACAUUAAGCAAGCUUUUGAUAAAACAGUGUGAUGCUUUUUCUUAACAUUUCUAAAAGAAUGGCAUGCUUUUUAUCACAUUUUACUUAGCCUUUAGAUUGUCCUGUAGUGUCAUUACAACAAAAUAUUACGUAACUAAGUUUGUUUGUCUUUAAUGUCAUAUCUUGAACAUAUACACAUAUGAACUAUUGUCUUGCUACUUUCGCUGUGAUCUAGUGAAAGUGAGACUUAAAGAGAUAAAAUUAUGUUAUUGAAUAUUUUAGCAGUCAAAACUUUCUUCAUAAACAUUUGAAGAACUAAUUCUGGUUUGAACUUGCCUACAAAUUCUUUCGCUCACUGUGAUGUCAUGUACUCAUUCUUUCUUUGUUAUUUAUAUACAUUAAGGAGUACUCUGUCCUGGUUCAACGGCUGGUUUCUAUGUGCAUCUUACAAUAUUUAUUUGUGAUACUUUUUAUUGUAAAUAAAGUUUAUUUAUGAUC